CUACACUAAAUAUCAAUAGAUACAAUCCACAUAACAAAAGCAUUUUUGAGUCGGCAACAAUUUGAGAACAGCUGAUCCGCAUAAAACAAAGGACUGCAGGCCUGACUCCAGGCAGGUUUAACACGGUCACAGGCCCUUCCUGGGACCUCCCAAAUACCACCCGCUCCACUGACACUGAGACCUGAAGUACCCAGCUGAGAAUCCUCGCGAGUAAGAACAGAUAUUGACGAAGGGCGGGGUUCCUGGACGUAAGAGCGUGGGCAAGUGCGGGUUCAAAGUGCAAGCGAAAACAACCUUCCAGUAGAAAAGGAGACAUUGAGCCAAUCUUUGCGACACUGUCGCGUUUCGUUGGUUCCGUGCCGUAAACGCAGUCGGGGAGCCGCUCCCGGUCUAGACUGCGACGGAUGCGCGCUGCCAUGGCGGAUAUGGAAGACCUAUUCGGGAGCGACGCCGACAGCGAUCCUGAGCGUAAAGAUUCUGACUCUGGAUCGGGCUCGGAUUCUGAUCAAGAGAAUGUUGCUUCUGGCAGUAAUGCCUCUGGAAGUGAAAGUGAUCAAGAUGAAAGAGAUGACACAGGAAAACCAAGUAAUAAGGAACUGUUUGGAGAUGACAGUGAGGAUGAGGGAGCCUCUCAUCAUAGUGGGAGUGAUAAUCACUCUGAAGGAUCAGACAAUAGAUCAGAAGCUUCUGAGCAUUCUGACCAUGAAGACAACGAUCCCUCAGAUGUAGAUCAACACAGUGGAUCAGAAACCCGAAAUGACAAUGAUGAUGAGGAUGAGGGUCAUAGAUCAGAUGGAGGGAGUCAUCACUCGGAAGCAGAAGGUUCUGAAAAAGCACCCUCAGAUGAUGAAAAAUGGGGCAGGGAAGAUAAAAGCGAUCAGUCAGAUGAUGAAAAGAUACAAAAUUCUGAUGAUGAGGAGAGGGCACAAGGGUCUGAUGAAGAUAAACUGCAGAAUUCUGAUGAUGAUGAAAAAAUGCAGAACACAGAUGAUGAGGAGAGGCCCCAGCUUUCAGAGGAUGAGCGACAACAGCUGUCUGAGGAGGAGAAGGCUAAUUCUGAUGAUGAACGGCCAGCAGCUUCUGAUAAUGAUGAUGAGAAACAGAACUCGGAUGAUGAAGAGCGGCCACAGAUAUCUGAUGAAGAGAAAAUGCAAAAUUCUGAUGAUGAAAGGCCACAGCCCUCGGAUGAAGAACACAGGCAUUCAGAUGAUGAAGAGGAGCAGGACCAUAAAUCAGAAUCUGCAAGAGGCAGUGAUAGUGAGGACGAAGUUUUACGAAUGAAACGCAAGAACGCAAUUGCAUCUGAUUCAGAAGCGGAGAGUGACACUGAGGUACCAAAAGAUAAUAGUGGAACCAUGGAUCUCUUUGGAGGUGCAGAUGAUAUAUCUUCAGGGAGUGAUGGGGAAGAUAAACCACCCACUCCAGGACAGCCUGUUGAUGAAAAUGGAUUGCCUCAAGAUCAACAGGAGGAGGAGCCAAUUCCUGAGACCAGAAUAGAAGUAGAAAUACCCAAAGUAAACACUGAUUUAGGAAAUGACUUAUAUUUUGUUAAGCUGCCCAACUUUCUCAGCGUAGAACCCAGCAUGUCCCUGCACUUAGGGAAUGAGGUAUUUGAUGUUUACAAGGCUCCGCUGCAGGGCGAUCACAACCACCUUUUUAUAAGACAAGGUACCGGUCUACAGGGACAAGCCGUCUUUAAAACCAAACUCACAUUCAGACCUCAUUCUACAGACAGUGCCACACAUAGGAAGAUGACACUGUCACUUGCAGAUAGAUGCUCAAAGACACAGAAGAUUAGAAUCUUGCCCAUGGCUGGUCGUGAUCCUGAGUGCCAGCGCACAGAGAUGAUCAAGAAAGAAGAAGAACGUUUGAGGGCUUCUAUUCGUAGGGAGUCUCAGCAGCGCCGCAUGAGAGAGAAACAGCACCAGCGGGGACUGAGUGCUAGUUAUCUAGAACCUGAUCGAUACGAUGAGGAGGAGGAAGGCGAGGAGUCCAUCAGCCUGGCUGCCAUUAAAAACCGAUACAAAGGGGGCAUUCGAGAGGAACGAGCUAGAAUCUAUUCAUCAGACAGUGAUGAGGGAUCAGAAGAAGAUAAGGCUCAAAGGUUACUCAAAGCGAAGAAACUCACCAGUGAUGAGGAGGGUGAGCCUUCUGGAAAAAGAAAAGCAGAAGAUGACGAUAAAGCAAAUAAAAAGCACAAGAAGUACGUGAUCAGUGAUGAAGAGGAGGAAGAUGAUGAUUGAAGUACAAAAUGUGAAAACUUUAUAUAUUUUACUGUACAGUUUGUUUUAUAAAUAUGUAAACAUGAGUUAUUUUGAUCAAAAGAAAUUGAUUUGCUUUUGAGUAAUUUUAAUUGUAAUAAAAAAUUUUAAAAAG